AUGAAUUUUGGGGAAGGUGAGGAGCUGGUUCAGGCCAAGCCGGAGCUGAGCGGGGCCGUGCGGCGGCAGCUGGAGGAACUCAGGAGAUGUUGGCUGGAGCUGGAGACCACGAGCCAGGCCCGGAGCCGGCGUUUGGCCGAGGCCGCGGCCGCCGAGCGCCUGGCGCGGAGCUACGCCGACAUGGAGGCGCGGCUGGGCCGGCUGGAGGAGCAGCUGGAGACCGUGGGCAGUGGGGCCGACCUCCGCAGCGUCAGCCGCCAGCUCAAGAGGCUGCAGACGAUGGAGUCGCAGGUGGAGGAGUGGUACAAGGAGGUGGGCGAGCUGCAGGCGCAGGCGGCGGCGCUGCCGGCACAAGCGGCCGGGAGGGACGUGGUGGGUGAGCGGCAGAGCGCGGUGGGGACGCGCAUCGUGCGCCUCAUCGAGCCCCUCAAGGAGCGCCGGAGGAUCCUGCUGGCCUCCAAAGAGGUCCAUCAGGUCAGCCAUGAGCUGGAGGACGAGGUGAUGUGGGUCCAGGACCGCUUGCCCUUGGCCAAGCUGAAGGACCACGGCACCAACCUCCAGACGGUCCAACAGUUCAUCAAGAAGAACCAGAACCUGCGCCGGGAGAUCCAGGUGCACCGGCCCCGCGUGGAUGAGGUGCUGGAACGCGCCGCUGCCGUCGCCACCAUCAAGAGCCCGGAGGCCGAGGGCGUGCGGUGCCUCCUGGAGCGCUUGGGGACGAUGUGGGCGGAGCUGCAGGAGCAGACGGAGCGCCGGCAGCAGAGCCUGGAUGCCACCUACCAGCUGGAGCAGUACUACUUCGACGUGGCCGAGGUGGAGUCGUGGCUGGGAGAACAAGAGCUGCUCCUGAUGAACGAGGAGAAGGGGAAGGACGAACAGAGCACCCUCCAACUCCUCAAGAAACACCUCCUCACCGAACAAACCAUCGAGAACUACGAGGAGACCAUCGCCCAACUCUCCCGCCAGUGCCGCGCCCUCCUCGAGCUCGGCCACCCCCAGAGCGAACAGGUCAGCAGGCGGCAGUCGCAGGUUGACCGGCUGUACGUGUCUCUGAAGGACCUGGUGGAGGAGCGCAAGGUCAAGCUGGAGCAGCAGUACUGGCUCUACCAGCUCAACCGCGAGGUGGACGAGCUGGAGCAUUGGAUCGCCGAGAAGGAAGUGGUGGCCGGCUCGCCCGAGCUCGGGCAGGACUUUGAGCACGUCACGCUGCUGCAGGAGAAGUUCCUGGAGUUUGCCAGCGAGACGGGCAGCGUGGGCCAGGAGCGCAUCGCCGCCGUCAACCAGAUGGUGGACGAGCUCAUCGACUACGGCCACACCGACGCCGCCACCAUCGCCGAGUGGAAGGACGGCGUCAACGAGGCUUGGGCUGACCUCCUGGAACUGAUGGAAACGCGCGCCCAGAUGUUGGCGGCGUCCCACGAGCUGCACAAGUUCUUCAACGACUGCAAGGAGGUCCUGGGGCAGAUCGAGGAGAAGCGGCAGCGCCUGCCCGAGCUGGCAGCGCGGGAGGGCAGGACCUCGGCCGGCGCCUUGCAGAGGGCCUUGGGUGCCUUUGAGCACGACGUGGAGGUGCUGGUGACACAGGUGCGGCAGCUUCAAGAGGGCGCGGCGCAGCUGCGGACGCUCUACGCCGGCGACAACGCCGAGGCCAUCGCCGGGCGCGAGCAGGAGGUGCUGCGGGCCUGGAAGGAGCUGCUGGCGGCGUGCGAGGAGUGCCGGCUGCACGUGGCCAGCGUGGCCGACAAGAUUCGCUUUGUGGGCACCGUCAGGGACCUGCUGGCGUGGAUGGAUGGUGUGCUGCACCAGAUGGGCGCCGGGGAGAAGCCCAGGGACGUGUCCUCGGUGGAGCUGCUGAUGAACGACCACCAAAGCCUCAAGACCGAGAUGGAGGCCCGAGCCAAGAACGUGGCCACCUGCCUGGAGCUGGGCAAGACCCUCAUCCUCAGCAAGAGCCCGGCAGCCGACGAGGUGACCAGAAUCAAAUCCCACAUGGAGAAACUCCUGGCAAAGAAGAAGGAGAUGACAGAGAAGUGGGACAAGCACUGGGAGUGGCUGCAGCAGAUGCGCGAGGUGCACCAGUUUGCGCAGGAGGCCGUGGUGGCCGACGCGUGGUUGACGGCCCAGGAGCCGCUGCUGAAGAGCCAGGAGCUGGGCAGCAGCGUGGACGAGGUGGAGCAGCUGAUCCGGAGGCACGAGGCUUUCCGGAAGGCGGCGGCCGCGUGGGAGGAGAGGUUCAGCUCCCUGCGGCGUCUCACCACGAUUGAGAAGCUCAAGGCUGAGCAGAACAAGCAACCGCCGACGCCGCUCCUGACCCGCAAAUUUUUGGGGGAACCCCCGGGAAAUGCUGACCCUCGCCGGCCGGAACCACGCGUCGCCUACGUCCGGCACGAACUGCGGCCGGAGCGCCUCCAGCCCAAGCUCGACCGUGUCCAGGCACCAACCACCGAUGUAGGACCUGCUGAGCCACCCCCGGCCACCGCCACCAUCACUGAGGCCACCCCCGCCGAGCCCCCGGUGGUUCCCAAGCCUGAGGAGCCUAGCGAGGUCCGGCCGGGGCUGCCGGAGCGGCGCCGCGAGCGCCGGGAGCGCAGGUUGGAGCGGCAGGAGUCCAGCGAGCCGGAGCCGCCACGGCACGAUGGGAAGGGUGGCGGCAGCAAAGCCACCCUGGCCGACAUCGUGGAACAGCUGCAGGAGAAGGAGGCGGGUGGGCCCGUGCCGACUUCGCCCCGUGACCGUGACUCCCCCGCCCGUCUCCCUGCUGGCCCCGAGGCCCUACCAGAGAGGACCCCAAGGCCGGACCGUCCACGAGCACGGGACCGGCCGAAGCCACGGCGCCGGCCACGCCCCAAGGAUUCGGCGCAGGGCCCGGGGGAACCGCGGCGCUCGCGGUCAGCACCGGCGCAGGGCAGCGCGCCCCCGCCACCGCCGCCUCCCGCGCACACGGUGACGCACGAGGGGUUCCUGUUGCGCAAACACGAGCUCGACGGUGCCGGCAAGAAAGCGUCCAACAGAACUGAAUCUCCACAAACAAAAACUACCAAAAUCCACGACUUCACUGAUACAAACAUCCUGAAACCAAAUCACAUCAAAAUUUUGGGGCUCCACCAAAACCCCGGUGGUCACCCCAUGAGCAGGUCCUGGGUGAACCUCUACUGCGUGCUGGCCAAGGGUGACCUGGGCUUCUACAAGGACGCCAAAGGCCCCGCGGCCGGCGCCACGCACGCCGGCGAGCCGCUGCUGAGCCUGCACCGCGCCACCAGCGAGGUGGCCAGCGACUACAAGAAGAAGAAGAAUGUCUUCAAGCUCAAGACCGGCGAUGGGAGCGAGUUCCUGCUGCAGGCCAAGGACGAGGAGGACAUGCAGGGCUGGCUGCGGGCUCUGGCCGCCAGUGCCCAGGAACACGCUGAGCUGGCCCGGUGGCACCAGGGUCUCCUCACCACCUCCUCCACCGAUGAGGGGCUCCCGAGGCGCGACCCCGAACGGCCCCGGCGGAAGUGA